CACUCAUAAAUUGGUGAGAUGUUUAAAAAAUUCACAAGGACAUUUGAAUGACAUGUUUGGAGUUUCUGGAUAAUCAAAUAUCUUGUGUUUCUUGUAGUAGUAUUACUCUUGUGAUUGUUUUUUGACGAUUGCGCAAUUUGUAUUUCAUUACAUUAGCAUGAGAGUAUUUGACAAUAUGUUAAUUGACAUGUGUUAGGUAAACUAUUGUCAUGCAUAUGUGAAAAUUUUUGUUCUUCAAGAAAAUAUGAAGCAUGUUUGAUAUUGUUUUUGAGAGCACUCAUAAGCCGACCCGAAACCGAAUGAGAUGGAUCAAUAUUUGACCCCAAAUCAGCCAACCUAAUAUGACCCGACACGUAAUCGAAGGCCUCAAUCCGAAAUUACCCAACCCGACCUGAUUGUCAUGUCUAAUUAAGAAGAUGCUGAGCAGUCAUGAUCUUAGGUUUUUUGUGCAGAUUUUUCUAAUAGUUAUUGGAAUUUACGACUAGUAAAGCACCAUGACAGCCAGUACGAAAAUCAAACUUUAUAUAUUGUUUAGCCCGAUCGAUUGACCAAUUCAUCAGGCUGAUUAAAUUUUUGUUCGGUUAAUUUGAUAAAUUUGAUUAAGAUCAUUUAUUUCAUAAUUAGUAAAAUUUAUAGUUAAUUGAUUCGAUAAUUAUCAUGGUAGUCAAUUCAACCCUCGCAGGCCGAAUUCCAGUUUGCCACAACCAAAGCCGUAUGUCUAUAAAUAGAGACCUACUUACUGCAAGGCAUCCACCUGAAAUUUUCAACCAGCAGCCAUGUCAGCUCACGGCCACCAGAACAAGCAGCCUCACAUGGUUCUGAUGCCGAGCUCCGGCGCCGGCCACGUCAUCCCGUUCCUGAAAGUAGCCGGAGCCCUGGCGAGCCAAAACUGCCGAGUCACACUCAUCACCUCCCACCCACUCGUUUCCAAGGCCGAGUCGGCUCUCAUCACCCGCUUCCUCACUCUGUACCCUCAAGUCACCGAGAAGAAAUUCCAUCUGCUCCACCUCCCUCCAAAUCAUUCUUCUUCCUUCACCGACCCUUUCUUCCGACAAUGGGAACUCAUCCACCUCUCCCUUCCUCGUCUGUCCGACGUCCUCGAAUCUCUGUCUCCGCCGGCAGAUGCUCUGCUUUCCGACAUAACCUUGAUGUCUUCCACCAUUUCAGUGACUGAAAGUUUGAACAUUCCUAACUACGUCCUCUUCGUUAGUUCGGCGAGGAUGUUUGCUUUCUUCGCCUACUACCCUGCUCUUUCCGAUGCUCUUUCCAAUUCGGCGGACACCGAUCUUGAAAUCCCUGGGUUGGAAGGAUUGCCCAAAUCCUCUGUUCCUCCAAUGCUUCAGGACACCACCUCGCCCUUUGCCACCAUGCUCAGGGCCAACAGCGAUUGCAUCAAGAAGUUCGACGGAUUUCUGAUGAACACUUUUGAUGCACUGGAGGGGAGAACGUUGAGUGCGCUUAAAUCCUGGAAAAUUUUUGAUGGGAUGCCACCGAUCUUCGACUUUCUGUUUCCACCAUGGGAGCCAGAGGAGGUGAUGAAGGGAGGCAGAGCAGCAACGUGGAAGAGAUGGCUUGAUGAGCAGCCCCCAGCCUCUGUUGUGUAUGUGAGCUUCGGAAGCAGAACGCCCUUAUCCAGGGAACAAACCCUCGAGGUCGUCAAGGGGUUGAUUAGUUGCCACUAUCCGUUCAUGUUGGUAGCAAAGGGUUCGGUUGUUGACAAGGAUGAUGGGGUGAGCUUGCAGCAAGUUCUCGGGGAAGAUCUCGCUCAUCAGAUGGAAGAGAAGGGUGUCGUGGUGAAGGAUUGGGUGGAUCAACUGGAGAUCAUUGGGCACAAGUCCGUAGGGGGAUUCGUGACACACUGUGGAUGGAGCUCGAUCGUCGAAGCGUCCUCGUAUGGUGUUCCGAUGCUCGGUUGGCCUCAGGUUGGGGAUCAGGGGAUAACAGGGGUGGCAAUGGUUGAAUGUGGGGUGGGGAUGCUGGGAGGGAAGUGGGGAUGGAAUGGGGAGUUUGUGGUGAAGGGGGAGGAGAUUGGGAUGCGUAUUAGGGAGAUGAUGGAGAACCAGAAGUUGAGGUCUCGAGCAGCGGAGGUCAUGGAAGACAUAAACAAGGCUGUCGCACCUGGUGGUGUAUGUGAUCGGACUCUAAAACAUUUCCUAAACAAGUUCAAAUCUUAGAUGUGGUGUACCAAUAAGUUUAUCCCGAUGAGGAUUAUGGUUUCAGGGUUUCAUAAUAGGUUGCAAGAAGAUUGUCAAUAAAUUGUAAUAUGUAAUGUGCUUGAGGGAUAAGAUCAACGUGUUUCGGGGAAGCUUGCAAGCAAUAAGGUGUUGAGUGGUGUUUUGCAAUUAACAAGUAAAGUAUGUUAAAAUAUCACAUGGUAGGAUCCAUCAUUUUAUCAAGAUAACAAGCUCAUUACUCUAGCAGGUGAAACUAGCUAUCAAAUUGUAAGACUUUGUUUGUGUUAGGUGUUUACUUAAUUGAGUGAUGUGCAACAAAUUUCAUUUGUAAUU